UCUGGGCCCAAAGACCGAGUCGGCUCGACUUCUAUCGAGUGGGGCAUACAUGAUGGAGUAUCUCGGCAAAAGUAAUAGUAGUAGUGCAAGCUUUAUAAUCGGCAAUGUGUCCACUGUGUUGCAGCCAGAGGCCCGUCUUUCAGCUGAAGCACGUCUGCUGGGCUGGAAUGUACCGCCAGAUGAACUGCGUCACAUACCAGAACACUGGCUGACCUAUCCCGAGCCACCCGAAUCGAUGAACUAUCUGCUGGGCACUCUCUACAUCUUCUUCACGGUGAUGUCUGUUAUUGGUAAUGGUCUGGUUAUAUGGGUCUUUUCGGCAGCGAAAUCAUUGCGGACGCCAUCAAACAUUUUGGUUAUCAAUUUGGCCAUUUGUGAUUUCUUCAUGAUGAGCAAGACUCCCAUAUUUAUCUACAAUAGUUUUAAUCAGGGCUACGCUGCAGGUCAUUUGGGUUGCCAAAUAUUCGGAAUAAUUGGUUCCUACACGGGCAUCGGAGCUGGAGCCACAAAUGCGUUUAUUGCCUACGAUCGGUAUAAUGUCAUUACGCGUCCCAUGGAAGGCAAAAUGACGCACGGUAAGGCCAUUGCCAUGGUGAUAUUCAUUUAUAUGUAUGCCACACCCUGGGUGGUUGCCUGCUAUACGGAAACCUGGGGACGCUUUGUGCCGGAAGGAUAUCUGACCUCAUGCACAUUUGACUACCUAACGGAUAACUUUGAUACACGCCUAUUUGUGGCAACCAUAUUCUUCUUUAGCUUUGUGUGCCCCACCACAAUGAUUCUGUACUAUUAUUCGCAGAUAGUCGGACAUGUUUUUAGUCAUGAGAAAGCAUUACGGGAUCAGGCAAAGAAAAUGAAUGUGGAAUCGUUGCGCUCGAAUGUGGACAAGAACAAGGAGACAGCUGAAAUACGCAUAGCCAAGGCGGCAAUAACCAUUUGUUUCCUCUUCUUCUGCUCCUGGACACCAUACGGAGUGAUGUCGCUGAUUGGGGCAUUCGGUGAUAAGUCUCUGCUCACACCUGGAGCGACCAUGAUACCAGCAUGUGCCUGCAAAAUGGUGGCCUGCAUAGAUCCAUUUGUCUAUGCCAUCAGUCAUCCCAGAUAUCGGAUGGAAUUGCAGAAACGUUGUCCCUGGUUGGCUAUCAGUGAGAAGGCGCCAGAAUCCUCGGCAGUGGCCUCCACAUCGACCACACAAGAGCAACAACAGACGACAGCAGCGUAAAAAGAAGCAAGUAAGGAAAAUCUACAAUAGCCAAUGACGAUGAUGAAACGAUUUUGUAAUAUCAAAUGCCUGGGAAAAUUCUAUAACAAGUUGACAACAAAAUAUGUAAUUCACAUUUAACACAAUUAUAAUUUGUAGUUCAUGAUUCUUUUUUUUGCUGGAAAAGGAAAGCAAUAUAGUGAAAUUUAAAGCAAAUCUGUUUAAAGUAACUUUGUUCUGUUACGUCAAUCAAACUGUCACUCCAGACAGUUGACGCCGGGGAAAAAAAUAGCAGAAAUUGACGAGAAAUAUGAAAGAAAAGGCCCAAAUGGUAAAAAUGUUGUGCUAGUUGAGUUUACCAUCCACAAAAAGGGCGCUCUCUCUCUCUCUCUCUUACUUUCUCUGAGAGAACUCGGAACUCGGAAUUUGGAGAGAGUGUGUGGGAGAGAGAGCAGAGCUUUUGACGACUGGAAGCGCUUGCGCUUUUUAGGAAAGAAACAUUUUGGCAAUUGAAACAUCUUCAAUGUGAUGAAAUGUAAGAAAAGUGGGAAUAAAACUAAAUAAAUAUUUCAACAA